GCUGAAUAACAAUAAGCUUCUUAUGGUGCAAGAACAUAUUCUUCUGCAUCUGCUAUACGGCAUUUUGUUUCAUCGGUAACGUGCCUUCGUCCCGAAUCACAACAAUACAAGAAGAAGAAGAGGGUGUGCCGAUACUAGUACCGACAGCAGAUACAACAACGACGUAAUAAUGACAGUGGUCCCGCCGACCAUGGCGUCCUCAUCUGCGGGGAUAGAGGCAACAGAUUCUGGCCUUUCGACGUCAACAUCGGUGGCAGAGGAGGAACUUCUGAAGGAUAGCCUGACAUUUUCCGGGGACAAGAAUGGCAAUGCUAAUGCAGCUGCUGACAGCUGCGAAGACGGGAAGCAAGGCCAAGAAGGUGCUGAUGAAGAACUACAGGUAGAAGUACCAGUACGCCAAGAAGGUCACAGCUCCGAAAAUAAACUGGAACAUCAAGCACCAGUCAACAUAGCCGCAGAGGUUGCUGUACUGAACACACCUCCAACAGCACCCGUACAUGAUUCACCGGGCGGGGAAGUCGUCGAAGAAGAACGUGUCCAAACAGCACCCGCGUCAUCCCUUUCAGAUGUAGAAAAUGUCGAAGCUGGUGCGAGCAAACCGAAAACCGCUGCACCUGAUGUACCAUUAACAAAAGGAAGUUCGAAGUCGCAGCUGCCGGACUGGCUCCUGGCCGCGCAGUCGGGCCUGCAGAAAUUCCAGCGGACUAGUGCGACCACCGGUAAUCGGCUGGAGUCAUUGAACCGCGAUCUGGAAAGGUUCACGCAAAAGGUUGAGACAGAAGUGGGGGAUGGAAAUAUUAACUCCAGCAGCAGUGUACUAGACAAUACAACACGGCAGGUGGGUGGACCCAAAACGGCGCAGAACAAGCUUUCGAAAAACAACGCCGGCGUCAUUCUUGAGGCCGGCAUUGAAGAUGAUCCGUUCAUUCCGUUGGAGAUUUGGCACUUGUGCUUCCAGUUUCUCUCGGGGGCAGACAUCGUGCGGACGUGCUCGUUAGUGUGUAAAGAGUGGCACCAGGCGAUUUUUGGGCAACAAGAGGAAGAACGUGAAGACCACAAACUCGCUGGUGCUUGUGGAGCGGUCCCCGCGACGGGCCAGCAUCAAAGUUGUGCAGGAGGAAGCGCGGGAUCGGGAAUGAAUUCCUACUCCAAUAGUACAACUUUCGCGUCCCAGCUUGCCGUGGGCGAGUUUUGGCGCGAGUUGUUUCUGCGCGAUCACUUCGAGCGGUUGAUGAGUUCGUGUGGUGGGAGCGACGCCCUCGAGGAGUUUACUUUUCCGAAGCAAAACGUCUUUCCUCCCUGUGCCGUCCUGCAAGAGGAGAUGACGCAGAGCAAGCAACACGUUCGCCACAUGAGACAGUACCAACACUUUCACCUUCACCCAGAGCACAUCGCGUUGUUUGCACCACCCGUUCUUUCGAUGAUGGCGCAAAAUGGAGUUGGGCCUGGUACGUCCUCUAGUGGUGGCUCUGGUGCAGCAGGAGCAGUUCUCUCCGCGCCAUCGUCGCUGCAGCAGUCGCAGAGGACCCACAUAAUUUCACUGAAAAAGAACCCCUACCAGCGGCACUUCCCAACUAACACACGCAGGGAAGCCGCGUUUUUACUCGCGAACAACGGCGCAACACACGGUCUACUUCCCUCUCGAGGUUCUCGUGGCGAGUAUUCUGACAUUGACCAGGAUGACACGGAAUUCCGGCGGAUCAACGUCUAUUUGAGCCUGUACAGGUCCUGGAGGGUGUACUACAAAACCCUGUUUUGGUAUCACCACAACAAGCACCAUGCUGCCAAUGCGAACAACAAGAAGAUGACGCAGUGGUCGCAGGAUAAGCAGUUUAAUCCAGCACCGAAAAAGAAUGCAGUAAGUCUGUCGCUCGCUCUGGAAGAUGUGACGCGCAGUCUUGUCUGGUGUGCGGACUUUCUGCGCACCACGGACGCGUGUCUGAUGGACCACAAUCUUACCGUUGAACGCAGGAGACACCAGCUUCUGAUUCAUGCGAAGAUGGCUGCGCAAGAACAGGGGCAGCAUGAUGUGGAAAAUCACGCAACAGCGAUAUCUGCACCUCCCGGACCAACGACUUGCUCGACAGGCAAUCAUGAAGGUGCAGUUGCAGUACAACUAGUUGGUGUUGCCCUUCAAGCACCUCCUCCCACGCCCGUGUUUCUCCCGGCAGCGCGAACUGCAACGCAAGCGACCUCGAAUUAUAAUGUAGUUGCAGGUGGUACAACGGCGCAAAAAAGUACGAUAGCUUCGACUUGUUACAGUUACUGGGAUGAAGACCAUGAGAAAACCUCCGGCCCAGCCGCCCGCGCCACCUCCGACGACGACGACUGGCUCUUGUGCACUUCCUGGGCGAAAUAUGUAAGAAAAACACUGUGUAAGUGUAACUCUGUAAUGCAGAACAUGCAAUAGAGUUACGCCUGUCAUGCCAGACAGCCAUGAAGUCCUCUUUCCCUGUGUGUUUUCCCUUACAAUCCACGCAUGACAAUGUAGGGCAAAUUUGUGAUGCUGUCAACCAAAGAAAGUUACACUAACACAGUUUUUUUCUUGGAUACGAAAGCCGACUUUUCCCUGUUCGCCGCCGUGGCAGCUGCGGCUUCGGAAGGAGACCGAGCAGAAAAGGAGCCAGGAACUAAUCAUGUGCAGCAUUCGUCAAUCAACUACCCCCUGCAGCAGGAGGAAGAUGUUGCUGACCUAGUACAAAGCCGACCGGGCGGCCGGCGUGGUGUGCACCUCGUGCGCCAGCUGUGUAGUCAACUCUCUAUUUCCGCUGCUUUUCUAUUUGAUGACUUGCAGGGGGCGCUGAGGAGGACCCAUGCGCUUGGGCCAUGCGACGGCCUUCUGGACGUGGAAACAAGUGCGGCAUGUGGUCCUGAUGAACUUGUUGAGCCAGUAGAAGAACGUAGCAAUGAUGAACAGGCCAAGCACGGAAAUUCUGAACACUCGCCAAGAUGCCAAACCUUCCUCCAGUCUCUUCUCGCGCUGUUGCGCGACAUGAUGUUGCCGUCUGCGUUUAACCAAUUCGUACCCAGACUCUGCGCCCAGCAGCUCGUCUGCAACACGUCCGAGCAAGCGUACCUACUCGCAGUCACGGACGUCAUUGCUGUGUUGCACUUUCGCGCCCGCCGCGGUGGGGGAGAAGGUGGUGCACCCGCUGGCGAACAAAUCUGCAACGAUGGCUCCACCGUGGUGAACAACUACGACAACAUGAUCGGCACAACUGCAAUAACUGGUCCUCGUGGUCGUGAGGAUCACCCAGCGCGCCAAGGUCGUGCUCCCGCAAGGAAUUCAUCUUCCUGUACAAAAUUUCUCCUCCCUUCUUACAAAUGGUCCCUGCGGGCCAGUUCGCCACAGAGCUUUGAUUCCUUCCAAAUGGAAAGAUGGAGAAACGUGGCUGCGACAGCGCUUCUCAUGGGGUUCCCGAAGGACCCGUCCCUGCAGUUUCUGAUUCGCGUGAAAGGCAAAAAUGAGGAGGAUGAUAGCCAACACAUCAACGUGGAGGCCGACGAGCAGCUGUUGCCUUUUCUCGCGGCCCGAAUUUUCACGACCCGACUCCCGGACAUCGAGGCCUUAUGUAUGGCCCACAUGAUGAUGAUGCCCACCUUCAAUCCCCAUCCUGUCGCGACGAGAGAAGAGCACGAGGAACAAGAAAGAGAAACCGCAAAAGCCGAGUACCUGAAGCAUCAGCACUUGGAGUUUGUCAAGGCGGCUUACCGUUUUUCGGGGAUAGUUCCUCGAAGUAAAAACCGGUCUUUCCUGCUUUGUGGUCCUCCAACAGCUACUACUUCUAAAAAUGCGUCGACAUCUACUUCACAAAGUUGCCGCGGUGCCACCACUUCUUCGCGAGAACAGCACACCACGACCCUCGCUUCCGCCAGCCGCCACGACGCGAAACUGUUUCCCAACCACUUUUAUGCAUCGCGAAACUUUAUCGGUAUCGUACUAGUAGGAUGGAUUGCAUAUACCAAUUUUGGCAAGAACGAAAGCGGAAUUUGUAAUGCGGGCUCAGGGUGGCAAAGAUAUCAACAUACAUGACUGCAAUUUAUACGAGAGCUGCGAUGCUUUUGCACAGGAUGAGUUUCUAUUCGGCACGAGGUUUUACUCCGACGGCACCGUCGCGGGCCACCUGGCCGCCGUCGUGCCCAAGUACCCGGCGGAAAGGUUUCGGAUGAUCGACUCGGAGCUGGGCGUAUUGUACGGCGAAUGGAGCGACAUCCAGCAGUGGAUCACGGUCUACCGGACCGCGGACAGCUUUCAAAAGUGGAUGCGGAUCGAGCUCCGAGCGGACAGCAACUUCUUGUUCGGUUUCUGGCAAUCCAACUGCUGCUGCUGCCACUUUGUGCAGAUUCCAAGGUGAUUGAUGUGCAGAGUUGUAAAUAGGACAUCUUCAAAACACGAGCUCUGUAUGAACAGGGUAACAAGGAACGUAGACGUGACCGGGGGGGUCACGUCCGUCCGUCCGGCCGGACGGACGGCACGUGACCGGGGGUGAUCCGGCCUCGGGGCGAGUUCGGCGCUGAAUGCCGCAGCAACUGUGGCCCUCGGUAGCUAGAAGCCCCCGGCCGCGUCACCGACGGCGGACCAGGCGCAAGAGUCGUGCCUUUUUCCGUGAAAGACCGAACUCAUGACCUUUUUUUUUUAGUUGGGCGCCCGAGCUAGCUGACAGCCCCCGGCCUCGUGACCGGGGGCGGAGCGUGACGAAGAGAGGCAGCGCUUCAGUGAAGUGCCGAGCUCAUGACUUUUUUUUUUUUUUUUUAGUUGCCCGGGCGCGCGGUCCGCAGUGGCCACCACCUCCUAGCGCCACGACCGACCCCCGGUCACGUGCCGUCCGUCCGGCCGGCCGGACGGACGUGACCCCCCCGGUCACGUCUAGGUUCCUUGUUACCUUGUUCUAUCUAUCUAUUAGAAAUUUCGAAGAAACUUUUGUGGAACUCCGUAUGAGUGCAUAGUGGUGAGGACGCUGAUACCUCCCCCGGCUCCGCUUUGUUACCUUGCAGUCUCGAAAACAUCUCCCAUUUAGUCCUAAAAAUCUACCGAGUAGCUGCUACGGAAGACGAGUAGGCAUGCGUUUUCAUCAAGAAUGAACAGGAAACAGCGACUACUUCACCAAGGUCGAGAUGACCAACCGGGAACGAUGAGCUCGAUUUUGUACAAGAAUUUCUCUUCGGAGGUUUUCUGCAAAAUGAAAGGCAAGAGGCAUUAUUCAGAAACAGAUUUGAUGUUUCUACUCAGGUGGAGGGACCGCUUCAUCUUUGUUCCAGCCUUCAUCCCUGAGGAGGAGAGCCAUCACGGAGGAAGCCGAAUGAUCACAUUGGUGACUGCUUAUGGGCAUCGAUUUUGAUGCACUAUUUUCAGCAUAUUGCGCUGCUACAGGCCAGGACGACCAGCCUAUACCGCUCAGACGCCGUGCGUCUUAAUCUUAAACACCUCCUUCUACAAUUUAGUAAGUAUCCUGUGGUGGACCACCAGCUGUAGAACUCUCGAGAGCAGAUGAAAAGAACACGUUGAGUGUGAGGACACGAUCUUGUUUAUGGUUGUACAAUCACGUGACCACAUGAUUUACAUUUUGAUCUCAACGUCGGCAGCUCCACAAGCAGAACGCCAACGCGUGGUGGUGUCGGGG